AUCUCUAAUCUAACAAGUCAACAAGAGAUCAAGAUCGAGAUAUGCACCGUGGGCGCAUCGCCGUGAACCCGGCCGCCGGCAUGGUCGCCAUGUUUCCACCGCCGCCGCGGCGCUUCAACUUCAACCACAUGUUUCCCGUGCAGGUGGUGCAGCCCCCGCCGUUUACCUUCCACGCUGCUCCCCUGCCGCCGGUACAGCCGGAGCUGCCGGUCCAGGUGCGCCCUGUGUGGGCGGGGAACUUCAACGAAGAGUGGGCCUACCUCCAGAGCUUCGCCGCGUGCGCCCGCUACAUCGCUGUCGACGUGCACUACCCUGGACUCGUCCACGCCGCCGACCAGGACCUCAGCAGCCUGCCGGUGGAGCACCGCUACGCGCUCAUGAAGGCCAACGUGGACGGCCUCAAGCCGCUCCAGGUCGGCAUCGCCGUCUGCGACCACCAAGGCCAGCAGGUCGCCUGGGAGUUCAACCUCCGCGACUUCUGCCGCCUCGCCGACUCGCACGACGCCAAGGCCCUCGACUACCUCGCCCGCCGCGGCCUCGACCUCGACACGCUCCGCAACCACGGCGUCGACGCCUACAUGCUCGGCGCGCUGCUCAUGGGCUCCGGCCUCAUCAGUGCCGGGCACGGGCGGCCGCUGUCGUGGGUCACCCACGCCGGUGCCUACCACGUGGCGUACCUCCUCAAGAUUGUCACGGGCGGCGCCCCGCUGCCGCACGACGUGGCCGGGUUCCUCGGCGCCAUGCGGUACUACCUCGGCCAGCAGGUCUACGACGUGGCCACGAUGGCGGCCAACUGCACGGGCAUGCCGGUGGGGCUGGACCACAUCGCCACUAACCUGCGCAUCCAUCCGCCGUGGGGGAGCCCUCGCCUCGCAGGCGCCGCCGGCGUGCGCGCGCUUCUGGCCUUCAGGAUUUUGAAGGACGGGCGGUUCGGUGGCAACGUGGAGAGGUUCCGAGGCCUGCUUCAGGGCCUGCAGCAUUAGUUCUUCUUCCACGGUCGAUCACAAUCACACACGAGCAACGUCCUUGGUCAAGAAUUCGAAUGUGCAACGGACUCAUGCUGCCCGCCGGUUAUUCAGAAGAUUGUUAUUACUGCUACAGUUUUAUAUACUUGUCAAGCGCUUGUUUUUCUCAUCAAAACUUCCAGUCAAGGUUCUAGUGAUGCGUGAUGUAUUUUGUCGUAAUAAUUCGCAAUACUUAUACUUGAGUAAUAUGUAUAAACAACCGUCAACCGUGUACCUUCUAUUGUGUGUGUAUUUUCUUAAGUCAACCGUGUACUUUCUAUUGUGUGUGUAUUUUCUUAAGGCAUCUCCAACACCAGAUAUUGUAUUUGUCUGUGGUCAUGUUCGUAGAUAGUGAUAUGAAGAGCCGGUCAUCCAACGCUUACCGUAAACCUUCAUCCGUAAUACAAAUAGA